AUGGCACAGCGACGGGCUGGAUCUGGUGUCGAGAAGCGUAAGCCAGUCAAGCAGACGGAGCUUUGCGCAUUCUUCCCACAGGGGAGAUGUACCCGCGGGAAUCGUUGCAAUUUCGCCCACGGCAUCGCAGAGCUGCGCCCACGUCCAGACCUCUAUAAGACAAGGCUUUGCUCCUCUUACACUCUGUGGCAGCAGUGUCCCUACGGCGAAGACUGUACUCAUGCCCACGGUCAAGAGGAACUGCGAUCAGUCGCAGUCUUUCCAGAUUUGGAGAUGCAGCGGCCGGGCGACAAUGACAGCAAGGAGACAUUCGCGAAAGCAUCUGCGGUUUGUGAUUCUGAGCUGUCGGUGUCGUCGGCGGUAAACCAAUUUGGUUUGCCAGACCCGCACGAAAGUCCAAUGAUGUCCUUCGACUACGACUCACCUCUUGACAGCGAUAGCUGUCAUCCAAUCACGACUCCAAGUGACUACAAGCCACCCUGGAGAAGCAUACUGCAUCAGAUGCAGUCCACUCCGUACCACAUGCAGACGCUCGAUUUCUGGGCUCACGGUCACGGGGAAGUCCUGAGUUUGUAG